CCGCGCCGGGCUCCUGCGGGGCGGGGGCGGCGCUGAGCGGGGCCCCGCGGUUUCCUUUCGGCGUGGCCGCGACCGCCCGGCGGCACCCGGCCCCGCCACCAUGUUCAGGCGGAUCCUGCAGCGGACUCCGGGCAGAGUUGGGUCUCAGAGCUCAGAUUCCGAUUCAUCUGCCGCUCCAGGAAAUGCCGUGGAUGUGAACAAUGAGGGCUCCUCUGAGGGCUUCAUCUGUCCACUCUGUAUGAAAGUGUGUGUAACUCCUACUGAUCUGUCUGAACAUUACCAGAAUGAACACAUGGGGACAGAAGGAAGACAGGAGCUUCGUGACAUUCCGGCUGUUACUGGAUUUAUCUGUCCCUUGUGUAUGAAGUCUCAUGGAUCAGCUGAGGAGCUGUUCAAGCACUAUGAAGCAGUUCAUAAUUCUGGCAUCGAUUCAACUUGUGGAGGGGAAGGUCACCUGUCAUCAGAAAGAGAUGAAGUAUCACUGCUCCGACAAGAAGUACAAGACUUGCAAGCUUCGCUGAAGGAGGAAAGAUGGUAUUCAGAAGAGCUGAAGAAAGAACUAGAGAAAUUGCAGGGGCAGCAGCAGCAAGAUUCUAAGUCUGAUGGAUUGACAACAUCUACAUCUACAGCUAUUCCAGGAAGUAAUACUGUUCUUUUUAUGGAAAUAGAAUCAUUAGAACGGCAACUAGAAGAGAUCCAAGUAGAAAAUUUUAAUAUUAAGCAAAUGAAAGACUUAUUUGAGCAAAAAGCAGCACAACUGGCCACUGAAAUUGUGGAUCUUAAAGCAAAGUAUGAUGAAGAAAUCAGCCUUCGGGAAGGUGCAGAACAGAAAAUGACAAACCUAACACAGGAACUACUGAAGGAGAGAAGUACCAUAGAAGACUUAAAGACAGAGCUGCUACAAAGGCCUGGUGUGGAAGAUGUGGCUGUUCUUAAAAAGGAACUGGUCCAAGUUCAGACACUGAUGGACAAAAUGACUUUGGAAUGUGAGAGAGAAUCUGAAAAGCUGAAAGAUGAGUGCAAGCACUUGCAGGCAGAGAAGGCAAACUCAGAGGCUACCAUUAACCAGUUAAGAGCUGAACUUGCCAAGGGACCUCAGGAGGUAGCUGUAUAUGUUCAGGAGCUGCAAAAACUUCAAAGUUUAGUCAAAGAGCUAGAACAGAAAAACCAGAAUCUGACUGAGAAGCUGCUGAAGAAGGAGCAGGAGUACAGCCAGCUAGAAGAAAAACAUAAUGAGCUAUCUGUGAGCAAAAAGCGUGUUCAGGCAAGCUUUCACCAGAAGGACCUGGAUUGCCAACAGCUUCAGGCAAAGCUGUCUGCAUCUGAAGCCUCGAUACAGAGAUUACAGACAGAGCUAGGUGAGAAGGGAGAAGCAAGCCAGAAGCUUAAAGAAGAAUUGUCCGAAGUAGAGACAAAAUACCAGCAUCUUAAGGCAGAAUGUAAACAGCUCCAGCAGCAGAGAGAGGAAAAAGAGCAGCAUGGUUUGCAGCUCCAGAGCGAGCUCAGUCAGCUGCAUAGUAAGCUUCUGGAAACAGAGCGCCAGCUGGGGGAAGCACAUGGGCGGCUUAAGGAGCAGAGGCAGCUCUCUAGUGAAAAGCUGAUGGACAAAGAGCAGCAGGUGGCUGAUCUUCAGUUGAAGCUUUCUCGUGCUGAGGAACAGCUGAAGGAAAAGGUGGCAAACUCCACAGAAUUGCAACAUCAGUUAGAUAAGGCAAAACAACAGCACCAGGAACAGCAGACACUUCAACAAAACACGACAUCAAAACUUCGAGAAGCCCAGAAUGAUUUGGAGCAAGUACUACGACAAAUUGGAGAUAAGGACCAAAAAAUUCAAAAUCUUGAGGCCUUGCUUCAAAAGAGUAAGGAAAAUAUCUCUCUGCUUGAAAAGGAAAGAGAGGAUUUGUAUGCGAAAAUUCAAGCUGGUGAAGGAGAAACUGCAGUUCUUAACCAGCUACAGGAGAAAAAUCAUGCACUACAAAUACAGGUAACUCAACUGACAGAGAAGCUGAAGAAUCAAUCAGAAAGUCAUAAACAAGCCCAAGAGAAUUUGCAUGAGCAAGUGCAGGAGCAGAAGGCACAUCUAAGAGCUGCUCAAGACCGUGUGCUCUCUCUGGAAGCCAAUAUCACUGAGUUGAGCAGUCAGCUAAAUGAAAGUAAAGAGAAAGUAUCACAACUUGAUGUACAGGUAAAAGCAAAAACUGAAUUGCUGCUUUCAGCAGAAGCAUCAAAAGCUGCUCAAAGAGCAGACCUUCAGAAUCAUCUGGACACUGCCCAGCAUGCACUGCAAGACAAGCAACAGGAGUUAAAUAAGGUCAGUGUUCAGUUGGAUCAGGUUACGGCUAAGCUGAAUGACAAGCAGGAAUACUGUGCUCAGCUGGAAGCCAAUCUCAAAGACUACAAAGAGCAACAUCUUUAUUUAGAACAGAAAACCGAAGAGCUAGAGGGACAGCUUAAGAAACUUGAGGCUGACAUUCUUGAUGCUAAAGCAAGCAAAGACCAAGCUCUUCAGGAGUUACAGCAGCAGCGACAGCAAUCUACAGAAUUAGACCUCCGAAUAGCAGAGCUGAGUAAACAACUUGAAGCAGAAAGAGAAGCUAUGUCUAGUGCUAAAUUGGAUUUACAGAAGAAAUCUGAGACCCUUGAACAAGCAAAACAGCAAAUCUCAAAGCAAGAGGAGGAAAACGCCAGCCUCAAAAAAAAUCUUGAGAAAUCAAGUCAAGAUACAAGUAAACAACUCAAGGAAUUAGACUGCAAAAUGCAAGCAGCAACAUCGGAGCUGCAACAGGUGAAAUUAGAGAAGGAUACUUUGCAAAAGGACCUUACAGCUACCAAAGAGAAACUCUCGAAAAGUUCUGAAUCCUUCAAAAAAAGGAAGGAAGAAUUAGAAAAAGAAAUAGAAAAAGGAAAAGCAGCUGUAGCAGAAAUGGAAAAAUCUUACCAAGAAAUAAAACAGCAGCUCCAGGUACAGACAGAGUCUGUAGCUAAAGAGAGGAAUGAAUUGAAAAACUCACUGGAAAAAAAGGAGGGGAUCUCUAAGCAAUUGUCAAUAGAACUUGACUCAACACGGGCGCAAGUACUGGAAAUUCAGGGUCUUCUGAAAGAGAAAGAGAACAGUGAGCAGCAUCUUCAGGGAAAGCUGAGAGAGAUAAAGGAAUCUUUUGAGCAGAAGAAAAAGCAUAGUGAAACGCUGCAAGCUGAAUUAAAAACUGCCCUUUUAGAAAAGGCAGAACUGGAGAAUAAACUGCAACAGCAGACUAUUUUGUCAGCUCAGGAGCUUAAAGCAGAGAAAGGAAAACUAGCAGACUUACAGAAGACCCAUGAAAAAAAUAAGGAAAACAUGGAAAAGCUGCAGCUGGAUCUGUACGGGAAAGAGUCUGAGCUGUUGGCAACCAGGCAAGACCUUAAGUCCACAGAAGAAAAACUGGCUCUUGCUCAGGAAGAAUUAGUUUCCAGCAGAAAUCGAAUUGCCAGCAAUAAUCAGCAGAUUCAGGAGCUGAAGAAAGCCAAGUCAACGCUGGAACAGGAUGCAUCAAAGAAGGAGCAGCAACUGGGCGAGAAGACCAAAAUGCUACAGGAUCUUCAGAAUGAGAGGAUUUUGAAAGAAAAAGACUUAGCUAAUGAAAAAUGUAAAACAACAGAGCUCCAGGAAAUAAGGAAUAGACUUGAAAAAGAAAGUGCCAAGCUGAGCGAAGAGCUUAGAAUCUGCAAGCAAGAAUUUGAGAAGGAGGUGGCGAAUCUCAAGGAUGCGAAACAGCUGCUGAUUCAACAGAAAUUAGAGCUUCAGGGCAAGAUAGAUAAUAUGAAUUCAACUCUGGAACAGGAGAAGAAAAACCAACAAGCUGUUAAAGAUCAGCUGAAAAAGAGAGAAGAGGAACUGAAGAAAGAAUGUGCUGAAGUUGAAGCCAAACUGCAUUCAGAGGUGAAAGAGAAAGAAGAAGAAAACCGGAAACAUGAGGAGAAGGAGACCAAGCUGACCAUGCAGGUCACAGCUCUGAAUGAAAACCUGGCUACCAUGAAGAAAGAGUGGCAGAGCAGUCAGAGACGAGUUAGCGAACUGGAGAAACAGACAGAUGAUUUACGUGGGGACAUUGCUGUCUUGGAAGCAACUGUGCAGAAUAAUCAGGAUGAGAGAAGAGCAUUGCUAGAGAGGUGUAUAAAAAGUGAGGGAGAAAUUGAAAAGCUUCAAUCCAAACUUGUAGAAAUGAAGAAAAAGCUGGACAACACUACUGCUGCAAUGCAGGAGCUAGGCCGAGAAAACCAGUCGUUACAGAUCAAACACACCCAAGCUCUCAACAGGAAAUGGGCAGAAGACAACGAGGUACAGAAUUGUAUGGCCUGUGGGAAAGGCUUUUCAGUGACAGUGAGAAGGCAUCACUGUAGACAGUGUGGAAAUAUCUUUUGUGCUGAAUGCUCAGCAAAGAAUGCCUUAACUCCUUCUUCUAAGAAGCCUGUCCGAGUCUGUGAUACUUGCUUUAAUGACUUGCAAGGAUAACUGGUGUGAGUGACAAAGAAAUGUUACACUAAAAUUUAUUAUUUCUGUUGAUGCACUUCAUUCAGCACUCAGACUACUACUCAGUUUGGACAAUGAUUGUAACAUUUGGCAAAAUUUAGUAUAUUUUAAAAUGUUUAUUGAUACCAAGUAAAACUAUUGUAUUUUUUGUGAGAUAUGGGCUCAGAUCACUCAAGCUUAUUGCUGUCUAUCCUGGAAAGAGCUUCUAUGUCUAGAUUAGAAAUACCCAGUUAUUUGUAAAUAAAGUUUAAACAGAGGAGUAACAAUGUAUUUUUUUAUCUUUAUUUUUUUUUUCAAGAAAAAUGCGUUUAUGUGAUACUGCAGUUUAUUCUUGUUUCCUUCAAUGGAAAAGGAAGAUGCAAAAACUUGUGAGGAUUUUGUGUAUCAAAUGUUGCUGUAAUAGCAUAACUCAUUGUUGCAUUUGAUUGUGUAUCUGAUGGUCUUUAUAACUCCUUGUGGUUCUGUUUUCUUUCUUUCUGGUUUUAGUACUUUUCUCUUUAAAGUUUGAACUCCACAGUGAGGGUUAAAUUGCUGGAAUCAACUCUCAGUUUUAUUUGCCUGCUCAGAAGUUGUAAUAUCAGCACCUGAGUUCUUACUAAACUACAGGACUUGGAUACUGGAAUGUCUUUAUGCAUACUGUACCGCAUAGUUUGUGUGUGUAUACGUGAACAAAUGAUGAGGCCAAGUUUAGUGGGCACUGUAGGAACAUUACACGCAGCUCUCCCACAUGGACUGAUUUCACUUUUACAUAUUUGAUGAAUUGAUUUUAAUAUUUCAGAAACCCUUUAUAUGCAUGUUUUAAAAAACAAACAGUGCAGAUAACCUGUAGUCCAUUUGUCACCAUACCCAUACUCUAGAAGCUCCAGGAAGUCCUUGUGGUUCUGAGGCAUAUCCUGAAAUUCCACACUAGAAAUCCUACUAAGGAAAACUCUCUUCAGAGGGUGCUACAGUUAAGCUGAACUUUUCUCCUGUCUCUUCCUUCACCUUUGGUGGAAAAAGCUGAACUCCUGGUACUCUCAGCAGACCUCGUUUUUCCAUUGUUCCAUCUGUCCCCUGUUGCUGAGGGUUCUUAAAUUGUAUUCUAGUUCUAUGAUUUAUUCUGCUUAUGCAAAUCUCCUGGUGCUGGCUUAGCUUUAAACCAAACAGCUCUAAAUGAGCAGGUAGAUAUAUACAGGUUUAGAUCAUAGAUUCAUUGAAUUGCUUGGGUUGAAAGGGGCCUUUAAAGAUAACUACUCCAACCCCCUUGCAAUGGACAGGUUGCUCAAAGUCCCAUUUGACCUGACUUUGAACAUUCCCACUGAUGGGGCAGCCACAGAUUCUCUGGGCAAUCUCUUCUGGUGUUUUACCACCCUUUGUUCAGAUUUUACUUUUCUGUACUAGCAAUGGAGGUUUCCUGAUGUGUUCAUGUAAAUUCCAAAUCUUUUUCUUGUGUUUUUCUCUACACUUGUGUUUUUUUCCUGCCUGUGUCUAACUGUGCCUCUCUUUGAAAUAAGUAUCUGACAUUUGGCUUCAAAACUAUUAAUAUUAUUUCUUCUGAGCUAAGGUUUUCUCUUGUGAUACUUAGAUCCCCUUUGUCUUGAGUACUCUAAUAAAUUCCUUACAACCCAAGCCAUUCUCUGUCUUAAAAAUUUGUGCUGGCUAUUUGGAGAUAAGGAAUAGGUCCUCAGUUCCUCUACUCCUUGCCUCCUGAGGUAAAGAAACAAAUUCUGUUACCGUGGUGGACAGUUAGCCAUCCUUAGGUAGGUUUGUUUAAUUUUAUGUACUCACAGUUCUGUAUGUGAAUGAAGAAGAGACUUUUGCGAAAAAUGUCCAGUCCUGACUCUGAAAUGAAAAGACUUCUUAAUCCCUCUUCCCCAAUAGUGAUCUAUAUUUCUUAUGUAGUUACCUAGUUCCGAAUUUUCAUCCUCAAGGAUUCUUUCUCAACAAGUUUUAUUAUUUCCCAAAAGCCAGCUGAGUUAUUUAACUGGUUCUCACAACUAUAAAAGGGCUUGCAAUAAAAGCAUGAUGACGUGAAAUACUUACCAACUUUUCUAGUUUGAAUUUGAGAGUUGCUUGCUUGAAAGAAACUGUUGCUGCAGUGACUCCAUAUGAACAGAUCUUCUGGACUUGCUGCAUCUCCUUGUUAUUGCAACUGUUCAAAACAAGAAUUGUUUGAAUAGAAAGUAAGAGCAGAAUUUUGCCUCUAAUUCUUCUAUUUAU